AUGCACAAUUAUAAAUCAAAUGGAUUCAUCCGUAAUCUUGAGGGUUUCUUGGAGGAGUUUGCCGACAUUGCCAAGGAGGACCAGAUCAAAAAGCUUCACGAUAUGCUGGGACCACACAUGCUCAGGAGACUCAAAGCCGACGUGUUCAAGCACAUGCCUUCCAAAACAGAGCUCAUCGUCCGAGUCGAGCUCAGCCCCAUGCAGAAGAAAUAUUACAAGUUCAUCCUGACCCGCAAUUUCGAGGCUCUGAACACUCGGGGUGGAGGAAACCAGGUCUCUCUGCUGAACGUCGUUAUGGACCUGAAGAAGUGCUGUAAUCAUCCCUAUCUCUUCCCUGUUGCUGCUAUGGAAGCUGCCAAGAUGCCCAACGGGAUGUACGAAGGCAGUGCCUUGACUAAAUCUUCUGGCAAACUGCUGCUGCUACACAAGAUGCUGCGGAAACUCAAGGAAGGCGGACACAGGGUGCUCAUCUUCUCUCAGAUGACCAAAAUGUUGGACCUGCUGGAAGACUUCUUAGAGAACGAGGGCUACAAAUAUGAGCGCAUUGAUGGAGGCAUCACAGGAGGCAUGAGACAGGAAGCCAUUGACCGCUUUAAUGCUCCUGGUGCUCCCCAGUUUGUUUUCCUGCUGUCGACCAGAGCCGGCGGUCUGGGUAUCAAUCUGGCAACCGCGGACACCGUCAUCAUCUACGACUCGGACUGGAACCCUCACAAUGACAUCCAGGCCUUCAGCAGAGCUCACAGGAUUGGUCAAAACAAGAAAGUUAUGAUCUACCGCUUCGUGACCAAAGCCUCUGUAGAAGAGAGAAUUACUCAGGUGGCCAAGAAGAAGAUGAUGUUGACGCACUUGGUUGUGCGUCCUGGAUUGGGCUCAAAGACGGGAUCGAUGUCCAAACAGGAGCUUGAUGACAUUCUCAAAUUUGGUACAGAGGAGCUCUUCAAGGACGAAGGAGAAGGAGAGAAUAAAGAAGAGGACAGCAGCGUGAUUCACUAUGAUGACAAAGCCAUCGACCGACUGCUGGAUCGUAACCAGGAUGCCACGGAUGACACCGAGCUCCAGAGCAUGAACGAGUAUCUCAGCUCCUUCAAAGUGGCUCAGUAUGUGGUCAAGGAUGAGGAGGAAGCGGAGGAGGUCCAGAGGGAGAUUAUUAAGCAGGAAGAGAAUGUUGAUCCAGACUACUGGGAGAAGCUCUUGAGGCACCAUUAUGAGCAGCAGCAGGAGGAUUUGGCCCGGAACCUGGGCAAAGGGAAACGUAUCCGCAAACAGGUCAACUAUAAUGACGCCUCUCAGGAGGACCAAGAGUGGCAGGAUGAUCUUUCAGAUAAUCAAUCGGAGUACUCCGUUGGGUCCGAGGAUGAGGAUGAAGAUUUUGAGGAACGUCCUGAAGGAGGACGCAGACAAUCUCGCAGACAGUUGAAGAGCGAUCGGGACAAACCAUUGCCACCGCUGCUGGCUAGAGUUAGUGGAAAUAUAGAGGUUUUGGGAUUUAACGCCCGGCAGCGGAAAGCCUUCCUGAAUGCGAUUAUGCGCUGGGGUAUGCCCCCACAAGAUGCCUUCAACUCUCACUGGCUGGUCCGUGACCUGAGAGGAAAAAGCGAGAAGGAGUUCAGGGCUUAUGUAUCUCUGUUCAUGAGGCACCUGUGUGAGCCAGGGGCAGACGGAGCAGAGACAUUUGCAGAUGGAGUCCCGAGGGAAGGCCUAUCCCGCCAACAUGUUCUCACCCGGAUCGGUGUCAUGUCUCUGGUCCGCAAGAAGGUUCAGGAGUUCGAGCAUGUGAAUGGGAAGUUUAGUACACCAGAUUUGAUUCCUGUGGGAUUGGAGCUGAAAAAACUUACUGAAAGUGUCUCUUCUGACCCCAAUACACCUGUUCCUGCCAGUCCUGUUCCAACUCAACCCAGCACCCCUGUUCCUUCAGAAAAGACAGAGUCAGUGUCCGGUUCUCAAGAAGACAAAGAGAUUACAGAACCAGAGAGUACCAAAUCGCUGGACCCUGAGCAGCAGGUUAUGCCAGAACCGUCCCCUGCACCAGAGAAAUCUAACGAGGGUGAAGAUCAAAAAAGUGCAAGUCCAGAAGGAAAAGCAAUGGAAGAGAGCGAGAAGAAUGACAUCCCUUCUGUCCUUUUAGAGCCAUCGUCCAAUCAAGCACAGCCGUCCAGUAAACCUAGUGAGCAGUCGGCCAAUCAGACACCUUUAGACUGUGGUAAAGGGAAAGAAACUUCUCCAGAGAGAAGGGAAAAUAAACCCAGCCCAGCAAAAAUAGAUGAUAAGGAGCAAAAACCAGCCAUUCCUGACGAUUUAAAAUCUGAAGACCCCCCUGAGAACCAACUGAAUGGUGAGAAAGACGCGAGGGAUGAUGUGGAUGAGAGCCACAGAGAUGAAAAGAACAGCAUCAAGACUCGUUUCAUGUUUAAUAUCGCAGAUGGAGGAUUCACAGAAUUACACACGCUGUGGCAGAACGAGGAACGUGCAGCUGUGUCAUCUGGCAAAAUGUAUGACAUCUGGCACCGUCGCCAUGACUACUGGCUGCUAGCUGGCAUCGUAACACACGGCUAUGCCCGCUGGCAGGACAUUCAGAACGACCCUCGCUACGCCAUCCUCAACGAGCCUUUCAAGACUGAAAUGCACAAAGGGAACUACUUAGAAAUGAAGAAUAAAUUUCUUGCCCGACGUUUUAAGCUCCUGGAACAGGCGUUGGUAAUUGAGGAGCAGCUUCGGCGAGCGGCGUACCUGAAUAUGACUCAGGAUCCCAGUCACCCCGCCAUGGCCCUCAACACACGCUUCGCAGAGGUGGAGUGCCUGGCUGAGUCCCAUCAGCACCUCUCCAAAGAGUCACUGGCUGGUAACAAGCCAGCCAAUGCUGUGCUGCACAAAGUGUUGAAUCAGCUGGAGGAGCUGUUAAGUGAUAUGAAGGCUGAUGUGACGCGGUUGCCCUCCAUGCUUUCGCGGGUCCCACCCGUAUCCGCCCGGCUCCAGAUGUCAGAGCGGGGCAUCCUCAGCAGACUCACCAGCCGGGGCAACGAGCCGCCACCUCAGCAGCCUUUCCCUCAGGGCUCUUUCGGCUGUUCUCAAAUGUAUAAUAGUGGUUUCGCCGGAGGGUUCCGUGGACCUGGAGGCACCGCGAUGGUGAACUACAGCCAGAUGCCCCUGGGGCCGUAUGUCAGCGUGUCCUCAAAUGGACCUCCGGCUCCAACCAGCCACCUAGAAAAGAAGUCCAGUGAUGCUCUGCGAGAUGUGGCCACCCCUGAUUUAAAAUCAGGCAAACCUAGCGAUGUUAUAUGCAUUGAGGACUAGCACGCAGCCGUUCCGUCCUCCUUCUGUACAAUACUUAUGGACAAAACUGUGGAGGACUCCUCCAAACUAUGAAUAUUAAACAGCAAACCUUA